CGCCAUUUUGUGGUGCGGGAACUACAACUUUCCCGCGAGCAAGGACAAUUCCUGGGCCCCGUGCGGAGCCCCGCCGGCGAGGCCAGGAGAAUCACAUUGUGAGGAAAAGAAAGUCGGAUUACAAGAUACCACUACAAACAACCCCCUCCCCCCAGGAUUUUUUUUUUUCGUGUUUUUUUCCUUUUUUUUUUUUUAAACAAAUUGUCGCGGCUUUUAAUUCAUGAAGCAAUUGUCCCCUUUUGCAAUCAGAAUUUGGAUACCAGAAUGAGCAAAGAAAGACCCAAGAGGAAUAUAAUUCAAAAGAAAUACGACGACAGCGAUGGGAUUCCCUGGUCAGAGGAGAGGGUGGUGCGGAAGGUCCUUUAUUUAUCUCUGAAGGAGUUCAAGAAUGCACAGAAGCGGCAGCACGGCGAUGGCAUCAGCGGGAGCCUCAAGGCAGUGAAUGGACUUCUCAGUAAUGGCCAAUCUAAAGGAUUAGGACCGGGAUCAGAACAGCUGGAGAAUGAGAAGGACGAUGCGUCGCAAGUGUCCUCAACGAGCAACGAUGUUAGUUCUUCAGAUUUUGAAGAAGGGCCUUCGAGGAAAAGGCCAAGGCUGCAAGCACAAAGGAAAUUCGCUCAAUCUCAGCCAAACAGUCCCAGCACAACUCCAAUAAAGAUAGUGGAACCAUUGUUACCCCCUCCAGCCACUCAGAUUUCUGACCUCUCCAAAAGGAAGCCCAAGACAGAAGAUUUUCUCACUUUCCUCUGUCUUCGAGGUUCUCCAGCCCUGCCCAGCAACAUGGUAUAUUUUGGAAGCUCUCAGGAUGACGAGGACGAAGAGGAGGAGGAGGAGGAGACAGAGGAUGCAAAAACAGCCACAAACAAUGCUUCAUCAUCAUGCCAGUCAACCCCCAGGAAAGGAAAAACGCAUAAACAUGUACCAAACGGGCAAGUUUUCAAUGGGUCCAGCAAAUCAUCGAAGGAGAAAGAACCUGCUCAGAAACACAAAAGCAAAGAGGCCACACCGGGGAAGGAAAGGAACAGCGAACAUAAGGCUGAGGGCCGAAAAGACCAGGCUGCUGCUAAUCACCAUCCUGCUACAAACACUGGCUCCUCCACGAAAGGGCUCACUGCUAACAACCACCACACUCUUCAUAGAUCGGCUCAGGACUUAAGGAAACAGGUUUCUAAAGUCAACGGGAUCACUCGAAUGUCAUCUCCGAGUGCAAAUGCAGCCAGUGCCAAAAAGAUGAGAGAAGUCAGACCUUCACCGUCCAAAACUGUGAAGUACACUGCAACAGUGACAAAGGGAACUGUCACAUACACCAAAGCCAAGAAAGAACUGGUCAAGGAAACCAAACUAAAUCACCACAAACCCAGUUCACCUGUCAACCACACAAUCUCAGGGAAAACAGAAAGUAGCAAUGCAAAAACCCGCAAACAGGUGCUAUCCCUUGGAGCAUCCAAGUCAAACAAUACCGCUGUUAAUGGUGUAAAAGUCAAUGGCAAGUUGAACCAAAAGACAUGCACUAAGGAGGUGGGGAGACAGUUAAGGGAGGGGCUGCGCAAUUCGAAGAGGAGGCUGGAAGAGACGAAUAAUCACAUAGACAAAACACAGUCGCCCACCAAGAGAAUGAAAGGGGCCGUCAACUUGGCAGAGGCUGCCAGCAAAAAGGCAGCUGUGGAGAAGCCUUUGCUGAAUGGACACCUUAAAAAGGAAGUGCCAGAGAAGAAUUUGGAAAGAAAUAGGCCGAAAAGAGCCACUGCUGGAAAGAGUACGCCAGGGAAACAAGCACAUGGCAAAACUGAAAAUGCCUCCUGUGAAAAUCGUUCUACCUCUCAAGCGGAGUCCUUGCACAAGCCACAAGACUCAAUGGGAAAGCACGAAAAGGGCAGUAGUAAGACUGGGUGGGGGAUGCUGGGGGAGAUUCCCAUCCUUAGGCCCUCCACUAAGGAAUUUCAUGACCCACUGAUAUACAUUGAGUCGGUCCGAGCUCAGGUAGAGAAGUAUGGGAUGUGCAGGGUGAUUCCUCCUCCAGACUGGAGACCUGAGUGCAAGCUAAAUGAUGAAAUGCGGUUUGUGACCCAGAUUCAGCACAUACACAAGCUAGGCAGGCGCUGGGGACCCAACGUGCAGCGGCUGGCCUGUAUCAAGAAGCACCUCAAAUCUCAGGGCAUUACCAUGGAUGAACUCCCACUCAUAGGAGGCUGCGAGCUCGACCUGGCCUGCUUCGUCCAGCUGAUCAACGAGAUGGGGGGGAUGCAGCAAGUGACUGACCCCAAGAAAUGGAACAAGCUGGCAGACAUGCUACGCAUCCCCAAAACUGCACAGGACAGGCUGGCCAAGCUGCAAGAAGCCUAUUGCCAGUACUUGCUCUCCUACGAUUCCCUCUCCCCCGAGGAGCACAAGAAACUGGAGAAGGAGGUCUUGCUGGAAAAGGAGAUCUUGGAGAAGAGGAAAGGACCUUUGGAGGGACAUUUGGAGAAUGCCUACAAGUUCCAUUCCUUGCCCCGGUUCGAGCCCAAGAACGGGCUCAUCAACGGCGUGGUUCACAAAAACGGCUUCCGCAACAAGUUAAAAGAGGUCGACGUGCCCCUGAAGACGGGCAGGCGGCGGCUCUUCGCUCAGGAAAAGGAGACCACGAGGGAGGACGAGGAGGAGGAGGAGGGAGUCCUCAGCGACUUACACAAGUGUGUAUACAAGGGUAGGUCUGUUUCUUUAACAACCUUCUACCGAACGGCAAGAAACAUCAUGAACAUGUGCUUCACCAAGGAGCCUACGGUAGCUGAAGUAGAGCAAGAAUACUGGCGGAUAGUGGAACAGAAAGACUGCCACGUAGCAGUGCAUUGUGGAAAAGUAGAUACCAACACCCACGGGAGUGGCUUUCCUGUGGGAAAGUCAGAACCAUUCUCAAGGCAUGGGUGGAACCUCACAGUCCUUCCUAAUAAUACAGGAUCCAUCCUGCGACACCUUGGUGCUGUGCCUGGAGUGACAAUUCCUUGGCUAAAUAUUGGCAUGGUCUUUUCUACCUCAUGCUGGUCUCGAGACCAAAAUCACCUUCCAUACAUUGACUACUUACACACUGGUGCUGAUUGCAUUUGGUAUUGCAUUCCUGCUGCGGAGGAGAACAAACUUGAUGAUGUGGUACAUACCCUGCUGCAAGCCAACGGCACGCCAGGGCUGGAAAUGCUUGAAAGUAAUGUGAUGAUCUCCCCAGAAGUCUUGUGUAAGGAGGGGAUCAGGGUGCACCGUACUGUACAGCAGAGCGGGCAGUUUGUGGUGUGUUUUCCGGGAUCCUUUGUGUCUAAAGUGUGUUGUGGCUACAGUGUUUCCGAAACCGUGCACUUUGCUACCACCCAGUGGACAAGCAUGGGCUUUAAAACAGCCAAGGAAAUGAAGAGGCGCCGCAUAGCCAAGCCCUUUUCCAUGGAGAAGUUGCUUUAUCAGAUUGCAACGGCAGAAGCAAAAAAGGAGAAUGGGCCGACUCUGAGUACGAUAUCAUCACUUCUUGGGGAGCUCAGGGACACGGAGCUGAGGCAGCGGCGGCAGCUGUACGAGGCGGGGCUGCACUCCUCGGCGCGCUACGGCAGCCACGACAGCAGCAGCGCCGGCGCCGACGGCAAGAAGAAGCCUCGGAAGUGGUUGCAGCUGGAGACGUCGGAGAGGAGGUGUCAGAUCUGUCAGCACCUCUGCUACCUUUCCAUGGUUGUACAGGAGAAUGAAAACGUUGUCUUCUGCUUGGAGUGUGCCCUGCGGCAUGUGGAGAAGCAGAAGUCGUGUCGGGGACUGAAGAUGAUGUACCGCUACGAUGAGGAACAAAUAAUCAGUCUAGUCAAUCAAAUCUGUGGAAAAGUAUCUGGUAAAAAUGGCAGCAUUGAGAACUGUAUCAGCAAGCCUACACCAAAAAGAGGACCUCGUAAGAGAGCGACAGUGGACGUGCCAUCAUCUAGGCUUUCAUCCUCCAGUUCAUCCAAAAGUGCUUCAAGUUAAUCCUGAAGAUGCCAACACUCUCAUUUUGUCAAUUUAUAUAUAUUUUUUGUAAUUAUUAUACCAUAGUUUGGAGUACUUGCUGUAGAAUACAAGCUGUCUUUGCACUAGCUCUAAAGAAGAUUUUCUUCUGGUUUUAGAGAACUAAUUUUGUUUUAGCAUUAAACUGUUGAAUUAUUAUUAUUAUUAUUAUUAUUUUUUGGGUUUUGUACUUUAGGAUAGAUAGAUACAGCAGUCUGAUUUUUUUAAACUGCCGUAUGGUCACUGUUUUAAAAGGGGCUGAUGAUCGAUUUGUACCGUCCCCUCUGGCUGAAAGGAAAACAGAAAUAACCCCACACCCACCAACCGACAAACAAACAAAGAGCCUUUUUGGGUAACUGUGAAGAAAACAAACCAACCAAAAGGCUUUGAACCCAACUUUAGUUUUUUUGGAAGAGGUUAAAGUUGGAUGUGUUUUCUAAUUUGUUCUCCAGUCACGGGAGCAGAUUUUUUUCUAUAGAGAGGAAAAAAAAAAUAAGGGAUAGGAGACAACAACGAAACUUGAAAGAAAUCGCUUUACUUUGGGGCUGUCUUUUAUUCUGACACCGAGGCAAAGAUGAGUUUUGUAAUUUUUUUAAAUUGGAGACUACACACGCUUUCUUUGGGGAGGUUGUGGCAGCUGAAGAUGGACUCGCGUUUCCUAACUGUAGGCAAAAAGGAGGAGAUUUGGAGUAUGUUCUCUUUUUACCAGCACAUCACUAUGCAUCUGUUUUGAAGGGGGGAGGGGGGGAAAAUGAUAAAUACAAAAAAAAAGUCAAAAAAAGACAAAAAAAAAAAAGGAGGAGAAAAAAAAAGAGACUUGCCUGCCUUGAGGAGUCACCUGAGGGAAAACUGUGCCUGAUUUCAUUAGGAAAUCCAUUCUGUUAUUUUUUGGUGCUGUUGGCUACUUUAUCAAGAACCCUUCAAUAGCAUCCUUGAAAGAAAAAAAACCAACAAAAAAAAGAAGAAGAAAAAAAAACAACAAAAAAAAAGAGAGAAGUGAUUGAAGCCAUAAGUGCUUCUUUUGUCAUAGACGUGCAAUCUUUCCUAACAUUCCAUUCCCAUUCCACUGCUGUUCUUCCCACCUUUACACAGUCGAGCAUUAAUGAGUUGUUGUGUUUGAGUUUUUUGUUCCAUUCUCUCUCUCCAUCACCUUUUUUAGAGCCACUAGCAGGUCUGCCUUCUUUUCUUUUGAAUGUGAAGAAAAUGCAUUUGCUUUCACCUUGUCUAUUGUGGUUUUUUUUUUUCUCUUCACCUUGUAACAAAACAAAACAAAAAAGAAACAAAAAAAAAAAUCACACCUUUUGUACAUAUGCCUGUAAAUUUUUUUAAAUACUUGAGCCUUUUCUUGGGGUGGGGGGAGGGAUGGCAAAGAGACAAGAUGAAGAAAAGCCUUACGUUUCACUUUCUUCAUCGGUUGGAGUGGAUGCUUACAGGGUUUUUCUUGUAACAUUUAUAAGUGCUGCUUACAUCACUGAACAACAACAAAAAAUAAUAAUGGAGUAGCUGUUGCCCUUUUCUGGUUGUGUGUACAGUAUGUGUGGAAUAAAAAAGGGAAAAUGUUUUCACAAACUGUUUUGUUUCGUAAUUGAAUUCAACGAUAACCGUAGCUACCCAUAUUGCACUGAGCUUGCCAGUGGUGACUGUCAGGAAGAGUCCUAUAAUACAAUUUGUUGGUUGUUGUUGCAGAAGACUGAACUGUUUUGGAAUAUUUAACAAUAACAUAAACAGAGUCAAGUGUUUUCAAA